AUGUGGUAUUUAGGCAGUUGGCUCUUCCCAGUCAUCUCAGCAUGCAUGUGGCUCGGCAUGCUCUUAGCAAUGUUCAUCGACUGGGAAGUCAUAGGCCACCCAAUCUACCCGUCCAUGGAGGCCGGCCAGAAGAUCGCGUACAUCAGUGACGUCGGCGCCUACGGGCUCAAACCACUCUUCAUUACCGGGAGUGUCAUUACCACCGUCUUCCUCGACUUGGGCUUCAUGGCCGAACGAUGGCUCCGUCACACCGGCCGCCUUGUCCCCAAUACCUCGUUCGCCCAGAAAGUCCUGUCCGUCAUCUCCAUCAUCUUUGCCGUGGCUGGCUCCGCGGGCCUCAUCCUGCUGAGCAUCUUCGACACGUACCAUCAUCCGCGCUUGCAUGACGGCUUCCUCUUGCUUUUCAUCGGAGGAUACAUCAUUUCAGCCAUUUUCCUGUGUGCCGAGUACCAGAGACUGGGCAUCCACUACCGGAACCACCGAAUUCUGAGGAUCUCCUUCUACGUCAAGCUGUCCUUCAUCAUCAUCGAAGUCAUAAUGGCCGUGGUCUUCGCGGCCACGAGCUUCAACAGCCAGAAGAACGUUGCUGCUGUCUUUGAGUGGCUCGUCGCCCUGAUCUUCACCUUUUACAUCCUCAGCUUCCUCCUCGACCUGCUGCCGAGCGUGAGAUCGAAGCACCACGUGCCCCAGGGCUGGAGGGAUGCCGAGCUCGAGAAGGGUCGCAAUGGACUGUCAACAGAGCCAGACGCUCCAGUUACUUCGGAUUCCGCCGGCCCAAAUCAGAACAUGGGCCCUGAAGAUGAUGUCUCUCAAGGCUACCGGGGCACCACCAUGACCAACGGUGUUGGAGCUGGUGCCGGUGCGGGAUAUCCCAACAACCACUCUGAUGUGGGCGGUCGAAAGAAAUGGGGCGUUGGCCGCUUCAGGCGAUAG